UCAUUUGGUCAUUUAAUUAUAAACCCCUUCAUGUUAAUGUUGACUUUAUAUCAAACUCAGUUGUUUACGUUUUAUUUCACACCGUGAUGGUGUGUCUUUCUUUUGAUUUCACCUGUCAUUUUUCGGUUUGUUCAAACUCAUUCAUUAUUUUAGUUCUUGCCUUUUUCAUUUCACGAAGUCCUACAAUGUUGUGUAAUUUUAGAUUAAACUGUUGAAGCGAGUGAAGACGUAUUUUUCAAUGCAUCAGAGACAAAGAACAUUGUUAUGGACACCAUUUUAUAAAAACGUUGUGCAGUUUGUUCAUUGAUUGGUUACAAUAUCUAAACACAUAGAAAAUACGCCAUAAAUUUAACUGUUAUUUUCAAUUAUGAAAAACAGUUUGCAGAAACACCAGUUAAGAGCCACGUUUAGCGCUCUGCGCCACACAUUUAGAGUGGUAAUGCGUACAGUCCACACGGUGUCAGUGUCACAUCAGCGUAGAUGGUGGCGUUGUGGUUCUGGCCCAGCCUUUGAAAAUGAUUUCUAUGCGGUUCGGUGUGGAGACCGAGCGUUCAGACAAAGAUAUGAGUCAGUGUAACGAGCGAGUGGAUGCAAGAGGGACACUGGAUCCAUUUUAAACAGGAUUAAACAUAUAACGGUUUUGUUUUGCGAGCUGUGUGGCUACAUUUACGUUUUUACACCCAAACCGGGACCAUGGGAGCCAAAGGACAAAGCCGAAGGAAACGGCUCUUUUGUGUCGCCAUUACUUUGUUCGUGACGCUCAGCUGCGUGGAGCCGAUUUCAGCUCAGAUUAAAUAUUCCAUUGCGGAGCAAACGGAUGUUGGAUUUGUGGUUGGGAAUGUUGCCAAAGAUCUGGGAUUGGACGUUAGUUCUUUGGAAGGAAGGCAGUUUCGGAUUGUUUCAGGGUCGGAUGAUGAUCAGUUUAAAGUAAAUCCGAGCAAUGGCGUCUUGUCUUUGCAGGGGACUUUAGACAGAGAGCAACUGUGCGAGAGCGUUUCUCCGUGUUUGGUCAAUCUGAAAAUGGUGGCUAACAAUCCCAUGGAAAUACAUCACGUUGGAGUGGAAAUUAUAGAUGUCAAUGAUAAUUCACCCCGUUUUCAGGAAGAAGAAAAAACUAUUGAGAUCUAUGAGUCCACUCUCCCAGGUAAACGUUUCCAGCUGCCAACGGCUCGUGAUCCAGAUGUGUCUAUUAAUUCAGUACGUGUUUAUAAAUUAAAUCAUAAUGAACAUUUUAGUUUACAAAUUCGAGAAAGGGGAGAGGACAAAAUGCCAUUCCUGGUUUUGCAAAAGUCGUUGGAUCGAGAAAAGAACAACGAGCACAAACUGGUUUUAACAGCUUUAGACGGUGGAAAUCCUCCAAGAUCAGGAACUCUAAACAUUACAGUACAUGUUCUUGAUUCUAAUGAUAAUAAUCCCACAUUCAGUCAAGAAGUUUAUUCAGUAACAAUCCCUGAAAACAUCAAAGCUGAUACCAGUGUAAUAACAGUAACUGCGACUGAUCCGGAUGAAGGUGUAAAUGGAGAUAUAGAAUUUUACUAUGUUGGUGAACUUGAUCCCAAAAUUUCGGACUUGUUUAGUUUAGAUAAAAUCAGUGGUGAAAUUAGAGUAAAGGGGAGCAUAGACUUUGAAGAGACUGAUAUGUUUAAACUAGAUGUGCACGCCACUGACAGAGGACACCCUCCUAUGAGCAGUGAUUGCAGAGUGAUCAUUAAAGUAUUAGAUGAAAAUGACAACAAACCCGAGAUAGAAGUGACAUCUCUUUCUAAACUGGUGUCAGAAGACUCCAAGCCUGGGACUGUGGUGUCUUUAAUCAGCGUCACAGAUCAGGACUCAAACUUAAAUGGUAAAGUGAUUUGUAGUCUUUCAGAUAAUGUCCCAUUUGAAUUAAAACCAUCCUUCCAAGAUAACAUGUACUCUUUAGUUUUAAAACAGCAUUUGGACCGAGAGGCAGUUUCACAUUAUGAGAUCACAUUAACAGCUACAGACUGUGGUCAGCCUCCUCUGUCCACAUUCAGAACUCUGAGUGUUGAUGUCUCAGAUGUAAAUGAUAACAAGCCUGAGUUUUCACAUAAUCCAAUGGAACUUUAUUUAACAGAAAAUAACAUUCCUGGUAGCUCCAUAUUUUGUGUUUCUGCUUCUGAUAAAGACCUGGGUGAUAAUGCAGCAGUACAUUAUCAUUUAGUCAGAGAGGAGAGCAGCCAAAUGAAAAUCACUGCAUUUUUAAACAUAAACUCAGACAAUGGAGAAAUAUCAGCGCUGAAAAGUUUUGACUUUGAAACUGUGAAAACGUUCCAGUUCCAAGUUGUGGCCUCAGACUCUGGAAGUCCAUCCCUGAGCAGCAACGUGACAGUGAACGUGUUCAUUCUGGAUCAGAACGACAACGCUCCAGUCAUCCUGUAUCCAGUCAGCUCCAACGGUUCUGCUGAAGGUGUGGAGGAGGUUCCCCGCAACGUGAACACAGGACAAUUGGUGACUAAAGUCAGAGCCUAUGAUGCUGAUAUAGGAUAUAAUGGCUGGCUGCUGUUCUCACUGCAGGAAGUGACUGACCACAGUCUGUUUGGUUUGGACCGCUACACAGGACAGAUCAGAACACUUCGCUCAUUCACAGAGACAGACGAGGCUGAGCAUAAACUGCUCAUCCUGGUCAAAGACAAUGGCAACGUUUCACUGUCAGCAACAGCUACUGUCAUUAUCAAAGUGGUGGAGCCCAAAGAGGCUUUUGCAGCUUCUGAUGUGAAGAGUUCAGCCAAAGAUGAUGAGGAGACUGAUGUGACUUUUUACCUGAUGAUCACUUUGGGCUCAGUGUCGGUUCUGUUCCUCAUCAGCAUCAUCGUGCUGAUUGCAAUGCAGUGCUCCAAGUCCACAGAAUAUACUUCUAAAUAUCUCCAAGAGGCUAAUUAUGAUGGGACACUGUGUCACAGCAUCCAGUACAGAUCUGGAGACAAACGCUACAUGUUAGUAGGACCCAGGAUGAGUGUAGGAUCUACUAUAGUACCUGGAAGUCACGCAAACACUCUGGUGCUGCCUGACAGGAGGAACACUUCUGAUGAGGUAAGACUUAUUUCUGGCUUUACCAAGAUUCAGUAUCCAAGUGCGCUGUCCAUGGUGCUGACGGCUUUCUGUCACAUCAGCGUAGAUGGUGGCGUUGUGGUUCUGGCCCAGCCUUUGAAAAUGAUUUCUAUGCGGUUCGGUGUGGAGACCUAG